AUGCAGGCUGCGUCGGGUCCAGACAAGCUCAGUGACGCAGCAGCGGAGCGUAGACGGGGAUAUGACCACCCGCAACGACAACACCACCACCACCACCGGAGUAAAAACCCCGCCUUCCGGCCAAUACGCAACAGCAGCGGCAGAUCGGCUGGCAGCAGGGAAGGCGAUCAAGCGCCUGUCAGACAACAGCACUCAGUAGCGGCUGGCGGCGGCGGCGGACGGGCAGACAACGCAGGACACGCAGAUGACAGUGGAUCGGGCCAGCAUUCAAGGCGAUGCAGCGAAGAAAUCCAGAAACUAUUCAGAAAAGUGGCUGGUCUCAAGUUGAAGCGGGCGGAAACUGGGGACUCGAUACCCGAAAGGGGAAACACUAAGCACCAACAAUCAUCAUCAUCGUCAGUUUUCCUUCGUUCAUCUCCAACCCGUUGGUUGUGUCCUUCGAGCAGUGGUAGCCACCUCGACGCCAAUCUCUUGGGGUCCUUUGGCGACUCCGAUGAGUCUGCGUCUGAAUUCGACGAUGAUACCUCCGGACUGCCUUUCCCCGAGCCUCUGUCUCGUGCUUCCUUCCUCGCCCCCGACUUCGACCCCGCGGCGUAUCUAUCCUCCCUCACCAAUCGACACCAGAGCCUCGAGGACUUGCGACAGGAACUACGGGAUUUGGACCAAUUACUCAGUCGAGAGCUUUUAGACUUGGUCAACGAAAACUACCAGGACUUUUUAUCCCUAGGGAGCGCAUUAAACGGAGGAGAGGAGAAAGUCGAGCAGGUACGGGUCGGUCUUUUAGCAUUCCAGCGUGAUGCCCAGUCAAUACGCGAUAAGGUUGAGGCCAGACAACAGGAGAUGGUAGAGCUCCUGAAAGAGAAGAAACGCCUGAAGACACAAGCCAAUGUUGGACAGGCCCUGCUGGACUAUGCGGAUCGAGUCGAGGAGCUGGAGAAGAGAUUAAUGAUCGGAGACACUCCACGGCCACCUCAGGACGGCACCCCGGGCGAGUCCGAUUCGGAUUCCGAUCUGAUGGAGAGCGACAGCGACGAUAGUGAUGAGGAUGAGCUGCCAAACGGCGCAACUACUGCGUCACUCGUUUCCCUCAAAACACUCGAGCGUCAUAUUCAAAAAUAUGUAUACUUGACAAAGCUAUCGUCUCGGAUAGGUGACAACCAUCCGUUUCUACAGAGCCAACAACCAAGGAUGUCGAAAAUACGAUCUGCGGUGCUCUUGGAUCUGAAGACGGCCCUGGAGCAAGCAAGCCAUGCAGGCGACAAGAGGGAUACGAAAACGCUGGCCGUAUUGCGUCUCUACAAGCUCAUGGGAGAGGACACUACUGCUGUAUCGGCACUCAAGAAUCUGAAGUCCUAG